ACCUCACACUCAACUUCUGUUCCUCUGUGUGUGUGUGUGGAAACAAUGGCGCUCUACGCACCUGCGAUUGCGAACCAAUCGAAGCUCUGUAACGGCUCUCGCGUCUUCCCCACCGAAACCAUAAUCGAUGGGAGAAGAAGCAGAAGAAGAGGCAGUUCUUUUGUACAGAUGGCGUCUCCACAAGUAUCGACCAGCUUCGGUGGAAACAUGGCUGCGUUCGAGGAAGGAAAGCUGGAGCGUCCCAGGUGGGUCGGAGAAACUCCUCUCUCCCGUCUUGUGGGGGCUCUCAUCUCCUUCAGGCCUCUAUUUUCAAUCAUGAAGCUCGGUGCCAGACAAGUUCUGAUAAGUACUGCUGAGAAGACGAACAUUCCAUGGCGGAAAAUGACGGAAGAGAUUCUGGAUUCGGAGGUUUAUAAGGAGUUGGAUAGCAUCCAAGACUCCUCUGUCGUAUAUCCCGACUAUUAUUUGAACCCAUUCCAUGCAUAUGAUGAGGGAAACCUUUCCUGGUUGGCUGCAGCAGAAGCAGAAGCUGCAACUAUGUCAAUUGCGAAACGAGCAGUACCUCAUACUUCUUCAGUGGAUGAAGCAUAUGAAAUAGUAAGAGGAAAUUGGCUUCAAGCAAUUGAACAAUAUUAUCUGCAACACUCAAGCAAUCCAAUGAUGAAGGAUAUCUUAGAUGUUGGGUGCUCAGUUGGUGUAAGCACAAGAUUUCUUGCUGACAAGUUUCCUCGGGCCAAAGUAACUGGACUAGAUCUUUCACCUUACUUUCUUGCGGUAGCUCAAUUCAAAGAAAAGGAAAGAGCCCCAAGAAAGAACCCAAUCAGAUGGGUCCAUGCCAAUGGUGAAGCCACAGGCUUGCCUUCAGAAUCAUUCGACCUUGUUUCGCUUGCUUAUGUGCUCCAUGAAUGUCCGAGGAGAGCAAUAAUAGGCUUAGUCAAGGAAGCAUUCAGGCUUCUUCGGCCUGGAGGCAUGAUUGCUUUGACAGAUAACUCACCAAAAUCAAAGAUCAUUCAGGAAUUGUCUCCAGUAUUAUUUACAUUAAUGAAGAGCACUGAACCAUUUCUAGAUGAGUACUACCUCACUGAUCUGGAAGAGACAAUGAGAGAAGUUGGCUUUGUGAAUGUGCAUACAAUUCUUACAGACCCAAGACAUAGAACAGUUAUGGGGAUGGUGCCUUAAUAAUCAUCAUCUACUCCCACAGAAAAUCCAUCAGUUGCAUGGGUAACAACUGCAUCAAUGAUUGAGCUUUUGUUCUUUAACAUGUUACGUUUGUGUAAGAAAUUAGCUUGUAAGAUAUGCCUUAACCUAAUAAAACAGUUAAGGCUUGAGGAAUUUCCAUGCCCUUAGCUACGCAAAUUUUGUUUCUUUUUUUUUUUCAAUUUUCAUUUGUUUGAUUCGUUCCUCAUUUUGGGAGAAACUAAAUUGAUUUCUACUACUACUACUACUGUAUUUUUUUUGUAGACAAAAAACCGUAACAGAAUCUUUAUUUC